AUGGCUCGUCGUGCUGCGGAGGCACUGCUCGUCCUCGGCUUCCUCUUCUUACCCCUCACGGCGUCGAGCUUCCUCGUCCCAGAGAGCCGGCGCCGGUCCGGCGAGACUGGCGACGAGGUGCUCGGCAUCGCCCUCGGCGCGACCCACUCGUGCAUUGCCGCCGUACACCGGGACGGCUCCAUCGAGAUCGUCCCUGACGACCGGGGCAACCGCGUCACCCCCGCGUGGGUCGCCUUCAUCGACGACGGCGAGAGGCUGGUCGGAGAGGCCGCCAGGGACCAGUACGCCGCCAACCCGAACCGCACCAUCUAUGGCGCCAGGCGCAUCCUGGGACGGCGGUUCAGUGACGCCGACCUGCAGCAGGACGUGGAGACCUUGCCGUACGCCGUCGUCGACCGGGACGGGAUGCCGUACGUCCGGGUGGAUGUGGGCGAGGACGACGUGCGGUUGCUCAGUCCCGUGGAGAUCACUGCCGCGGUGUUUGCGGACAUGAUGGACAGGGCGGCGGCCCACCUAGGCAGGAAGGUCACGCGGGCGGUGCUCACCGUCCCCGCCCACUACACCGACGCGCAGAUGUACGCUACCAAGGAGGCCGGCAUCCUCGCCGGGCUCGACGUCCUCCGCUUGGUAAGGGAUCCCGUCGCCGCCGCCAUCGCCAACGGCCUCGACAAGCAUAGGGGCGACCCCAGGAACAUGCUGGUGUUCGACCUCGGCGGCAGCACGCUCGACGUCGCUGUGCUCACCCUCGAUGAAGGCGUGUUCGAGACCAUGGCGAGCCGCAGCGACGCCCACCUCGGCGGUGACGACUUCGACCGGCGACUCGCGGGCUACUUCGCCGAGCUGUUCCAGCGCAAGCACGGCCGGGACGUCACCGGCGACGGACACGCGAUGCAGAGGCUGCUGCGGGAGUGCGAGCGCGCCAAACGGGCGCUGAGCGACCACGACCAGCACCAGGUGGGCGUGGAGGUCAAGGCGCUCUUGGACGGCGUCGACCUCUCGGAGACGCUCACCAGGGAGCUGUUCGAGGAGCUCAACCAGGACCUUUUCUUGAAGACGAUGGCUCCGUUGAACAAGGCCAUGGAGGACGCCGAGCUGGAGAAGGGAGACAUCCACGAUGUCAUCCUCGUGGGCGGCGGCAGCAGGAUCCCCAUGGUGCAGCAGCUUGUCAAGGACUACUUCGACGGCAAGGAGCCCGUCAACGUCGACGGGAUCAACCCCGACGAGGCCGUCGCCUACGGGGCCGCCGUUCAGGGGAGCCACCUGACUGGACACCAUGACGACGACGACAAGGUGUUUUUUGGCAUAGUUGACGUGCCGCAGCCCGCUAUCGGCAUCGAAGCUGCCGACGGGGCAAUGGUGAAGCUGAUCCGGAGGGACGCCGGCUACCCGGCCAAGGGGACGCAUGUCAUCACCACGUACUGGGACAAGCGGACCACCAUGGCAGUCAAGGUGUAUGAGGGCGACCGAACUGAGGUCAAGGAUAACAGACUCCUCUGCCAGCUUGACCUCUCUGAAAUCCCACCUGCAAGUAUAUGGAAUUGGGGAAGGCGGGACAUCGAGGUGACCAUCGAGGUGGACCAGGCGGGCACGAUCCACGCCGAGGCGACGGAUAAGGCCUCCGGCAAGUCGGCCAAUACCAGCUAUGGUUAUCAUCAUCGGCGGCUGAGUCAGGAAGAGAUUGACGCUAUGAUGCGUGAAGCGGACGAGUUCGCCAGGGACGCCAAAGCUAGGCUGGAGGCCUACGUGCACAGCAUCAAGGAGACCCUUGCCGCUGCUGGUGACAUGGAGCUGGAGGAGAAGAGGAGGGGGGAGGUGGAGGGUGAGGUGAUGGCGGUGAGCAAGUGGCUCGACGGAAACACAGAGAACGCCGAGGAGGGGGACUAUGAGAAGAAGCUCUGGGAGUUGCAGGGCAUAUGCGACCCUGUCAUCUCGGCCAUGCAAACAAGGUUGGGAGGUGGCCUCGAUGACUACGAGGAUGAGCUUUAG